GGGUGAAGGAGGCGGGGAGGGGGCACAGGCUUGUGCGAGCGGUUCUCAGGAAGCCCCAGCCCGUGGCUCCGACCACAACCCUCCUACGGCUGAGCCUCACGUGGCCCGCCCGAACCCCCUCUCCCCAGCCUCUGUCUCUGUUGCCGCCCAGCAUCUCUGAGCAACCGUCUGCCCUCCGAACCCUGACUCUCACUGCACCCAGCCAUUCAUUCACUCAUUCACGGAGCUCGUAAGUUCGUGUCCAGCACUGGGGGACCAGUAGGGAACAGACACGCCUGUCCCCACCCUCACAGCACAGAAGACAAACACAUGUAGGGAUGUGCUGGAAAGAACGAGCCAGGUGAGGGAGGGGAGGGGGCGAGAGGGAUGGAAGAAUGAGAGUGGUCAGGGAGGGCUUCUCGGAGGAGGUGAUAUCUGAAAAAAGCCACCUGACUGGUAAUGCAAAGGCCCUGAGGCAGGCCUAUGAGUGACGCGCAGACAGUGAAAGGAGUUAGGGAGAGAGGAGGUUGAAGACGCUUGCAGGGGCUGCUCCCACAGGUCCUUAUGGGCCCUAAAAGGCCUUUAACACCUCCUGCGCUUGGGGCGGAGAAGUGAACCACUGACGAUGUUAACCCUCUGGCAGCUGUGUGUGGGGGGCGGAACACAACUGGGAAGGGCUGUGACCUUCACCGGGUAGGUGAACAGUGCAGAAGGGGAGCCGGGGCACAGCGGGAGCCUGACUGGAAUCGCACACUUGCUGGAUCCUGAAGAUCCAGUUCCGGGUGUGUGAUGGGUCACCCCUGACGUGUGGAGUUUACUGGCAAGGCAGGGCCCUGGAGGCCAAGCAGAGGCCAUGGGUUCUUGCAACACACACGGAUUAAGUGACUAAUCCAAGGGGAGAACAUUAAGCUCGAAUCUACUUCCGAGAGAGCAGCUGGACCGAGGGCCUGGGACAUCCUAGGAGACAACGGCCCUGGGCCUUGAAGUCCACACGCCAACAGCCCAGGCCGGGGUCCGUUGAGGCUAAGAGACUGGAGGCCUCAAGAUGCGGGCAGGACCCUCGGGGAAAGGCCGACCCGGGCGUCUGAACAGGACAAGAAACAGGCAGAGCGGAGGGGAGCCGGAGGCGGGAGAGAGGAAGGAAACCGGCUGCAACGUCCACAACUUUACAUGAAGAAGCUGAGAGGAGGCGGCGCUGGGGCCGCAUGUCUGAAAACCUGGUCCAGGCUCACAGCUGCGCAGCAAGAGUGUACGGAAGCCGGACCUCACCACCUCUCUCGGUCUGAGCCUCCCGGGUCACGAGCCCCUUCACCUUGUACGAUUGAUUCAAGGGUUCCACCAGAACCCACCAAGGCCCCCAGUCCAAGCCCCAGACCACCCUCAAGGCUGAGCUGGUACCAAAGCAAGAGCCCUUUCUUCCUGUCUUCCACUGUCCCAGACCCCUGCGCCGUGCCCUCUCCAGGUCUGUUUCCCCAUCUGACCAUGAAGGGUUUUGUUUCCCAGCCCCAUCCUUUGAGAAGCCAGGAUGCCACUGGAGACAGAAUCCCAGACCCCAGCUCCCCAGGAGGCCCCACCGCCCGCCGGCGUGCCCUAGGGCCCGGCCCUGACACACAGCCUCAGCACAGGCCGGCUCACAGGCCCCUUCCUGCUUUCACCCGAGAUGCGGGGCGGGGCAGGGCAGGAGGGCGCCCAUUUCGGCCACUCCCAGGCUCUCUCCCACCCAGAAUUCGGGCACGAGGUUCCAAGAGCCGGGUUGUUACCACAUCACCUCCCGGAAGUUCUGCCAGCCAGCACACAUCCUUCCCCUUCUGCACAUGCGGGCCUGACCUCAGGCCAGUGAGGCUCUGGGCCGCCUGCUCACCAGGGAGCCGGGCCCCUUUCUCACCUCGCCUGGCCCGUCCCUGUCUCCCCGGGCUGCUUCUGCAUCUCCCAGCAUCGCCUCUGUCUACCCUCCCGCACACCAGGCUGCCUGCUCCAGGGUGUGUGCACGUGAGGUCGUGUCCGACCCCUGGGGCCCCAUGGACUGCAGCCCGCCGCCAGGCUCCUCCAUCCGCGGGAUUCUCCAGGCAAGAGCACUGGAGUGGGUUGCCAUUUUCUCCUCCAAGGGAUCUUCCCUGCCGGGAGCCAACACACGAGACCCUACCCAUGACAAGGCCAUGAGGGAGAAAACCUGACGGGCAAGGAGGAUCAGGUUUUCAGGGGUUUCGAAAAGGCCAGCUCACGAGAUCCCACCCAUGACAAGGUCACGAGGAGACAGCCUGACAGGCAAGGCAGAUCAGGUUUUCAGGGAUUUCGAAAAGCUGCCCCCGGCGCUCACCUUAAAGAUGAUAUAUCUUUCUGAUGCCUGCCUCAAUAGACUAUUCCCUAGUUUCUGUGACACAGACAGAAGGCCUUCCCCAAUCUCUUCCCAAAUAAGAAUCAAUUUAGAACUUUAAUCAAUAAGUUUCCCAGGUGGUGGUAUUUUAUGAGAUUAUCCAGGGUGAAAGGAGGGUUUUAAUUUAAACUCCUUUGCUGGUAGUUUGUUAGUCAAAUAUAUUUAUGCCCUUGAUACUAAUAUGCAUGAUUGCUUAUAAUAUCCUAAUCAUAAAAUAACAUAAAGAACCUGAUCAUAUAAAGGCCCUAACAGACAUAGAGCCCUUCGGGGCGGGGGGGUGAGGAAGUCCUAUUAGAAAACACAAGAAAAAUUAUUCUAAAAGUAGCUAUUGGGUUAACAUUUGCUUGCUGUGUUUUUGCUUUCAAUGUGCUAAGGUUGUGUUAUAGAAACCAUUGUUAAUAUAGUUAAAGAUCUAGAGAAAUAAGAGCUUAGCCCUAGUGUGGUAACAAUGAGAUGGUUGCUAAUUGUCAGCCAGGAGUGCUAGGCAGAGGUUGCCUCACUGAAGCUGCAGAGUCAGUCUGGGGUAAACUUCUUAGAUAAACGCAACUGACAACUUCUGCAGAAGGAUUAAUUUUUGUGUUAACAAGGUUAUACUUCUGCUCUGUACUGUUGCCCUAUGAGACUGCUACCUUUCAGUUAAGAUCACCAUAGAAACAGAAAAUAGGUUUACAUUCACCUGACCUGCAUAAAAUGUUAAUAGGCCCCAAGGCCAGAAGAUAAUGUACAAGACCCUCAUAAACAAAGAAAUAUGCAGAAAACACCCUGGUUUCAUGAAGGACAAGCUGACGUAAUGUUAAACUAUCUUCCCCUCAGAAAUGUACUAACUUAGGGUAUAAAAGCCACGGUAAAAAAUAAAGCAUUGCCAGACUCUGCUAGACUCUGCAAACAACCCUGUCUGGUCAAUCUCCCUCUCUCCCUCUCUCUCUCCCUCGCAGACUUGGCCCUAUCAAGGCUGGUCUCACGUGUCUUCUCUCGCCGAUGCCGUUCAUCCUAAGGGUACCCCUGGAUCCUGCCGAGGCUGGACCCCGGCACUUCCCGACCCCGGGAUCGAACCCAGGUCUCUCGCACCUCCGGCCGCGGCAGGCAGAUUCUUUACCACUGAGCCCCCGUUACGUGCUGACGGCCCCCAGGCUGAACUCUCGAGGCUGCUCCCCUGAUGGCCAGAUCUGAGGGUCAAAAAAGGCACCUCAAGGGGGACCCAUCGGCAGACUUGCCAGUCCCCGUGAGGGCCACUCUGUCCUCCCCCGGGACCCCUGGCUGUGUGUCACAGCAGACCCGUCAGCAGAUCCACGGCUCCAGCCUCCGGCUGUGCUCAGCACCAGCCCUCAGCAUCCCUGCCCAUCACGGGACUUCCCGACGGGCCACCUGACCGGCAGCCCGAGGGGUCCCGUCGGAAAAGAGCCAGGUCCACCCCAGUGCCCUCCGAUGCAGGGAACACCCGUCCCUCCUUCAGACACAAGGCCGGGUCUUCACGAUGACCCACCAGGAGGUCCAGCGCGACCUGACCCCGCGUC